UUGUCUGCAGGAGAUCUAAAGAAUCCGAACUUAUCGAUCCCAGCUGGCACUAUAGCAGCUCAGCUGACAACUUCAUUUAUUUAUUUCUCACUGGCGUUGGUUUUUGGCGCAGCAAUUGAUGGUGCUGUGCUGCGAGACAAGUAUGGGCAGUCACUGCGUGGAGGAAUGAUUGUUGCCAAUUUAUCUUGGCCAACGGAGUGGCUUUUGCUGAUUGGCUCAUUCCUGUCAACUUUCGGUGCAGCACUUCAAUGCCUCUGCAGUGCGCCACGUCUCCUGCAAUCAAUCGCCAAGGACGACGUGAUACCUGUGUUAAAGCCAUUUGCGAAAGUUACAAAGAAGAAUGAACCGUUCAAAGGGUGCGCCACGUCUCCUGCAAUCAAUCGCCAAGGACGACGUGAUACCUGUCUUAAAGCCAUUUGCGAAAGUUACAAAGAAGAAUGA